ACCAUCUGUAGUAGCACGAAAUUCUAUUUUCAGUUAAACUCGUACAGACACCAUAAAUAACGUAGCAUGUCACGGUCAAUUAUAUGUUAAAUUAAAAAAAGAAAAAAGUUACAACCCUUACUUUGAAAAUGUUUAGCAACAGGACGAAGUUUUGUUUACAUGAUUAGUAUGUCCUGCCACGGGCACCGCUAGCAUAGCUGACAGAAAUGAAAUGAUUUUCAUGAGUUUUGGAAGAUAAUUUGAAUAAGUUCCUGAGAGACGAACAUCUUUGUUGGGAGCGAAUCCGUGUAUAAAUGGCGUCAACAAGUGAUCCGUUUCAGUUUCAAGAAUUUGAAGAAGCUGGCAACCUGUUAGAAGCCAACAGAGAUGCAACCACUAUUAGCAUUGAAGAGGAAAAUUUCCAACCCGAGAAGCAGAGAAAAGCUGCUGGUUUAACUCCUGGUGGUGAUGAUGAGGACCCACUUGCCAAUGAUGACAAGACAGAGCUUCUCUCUGGGCAAAAGAAAAGUGCCCCUUUCUGGACCUUUGAGUACUACCAAAGAUUUUUUGACAUCGAUACCCAUCACGUGAAGGAAAGAAUUAUUGGAUCAGUGCUGCCAUGGCCUGGAAAGAACUUCAUUCAGGCCUACCUUCGUAAAAAACCUGAUCUUUAUGGACCAUUCUGGAUUUGCACCACACUUGUUUUUGCCAUUGCCAUCAGUGGAAACAUAUCCAACUUUCUGGUGCACUUGGGCAAACCAAACUACAAGUAUACCCCAGAGUUUCGAAAAGUGACCAUAGCUGCAACAGCAAUCUUCAGCUAUGCAUGGUUGGUGCCUCUUGCCCUCUGGGGUUUUCUGCUGUGGAGAAACAACAAGAUCAUGAACUUGGUGUCGUACUCCUUUAUGGAGAUAAUCUGUGUGUACGGCUAUUCACUUUCGAUUUACAUACCUGCAGUGGUCUUAUGGAUUCUUCCGUUUGAAUGGCUGAGGUGGUGCUCCAUCGCGGUGGCCCUUUUCCUCUCGGGCUCAGUGCUGGUGAUGACUUUCUGGCCUGCGGUCAGGGAUGACCACCCCAAAGUUAUCAUAGCGAUCAUGUCAGCCAUUGUGGUGUUCAACACCCUGCUUGCCGUCGGGUGCAAGGCCUAUUUCUUCAGCAAACCAGAACCAGUACUAUCUGUGGACAUUACUGCUACAACAGCUGUGAUCAAAGACAUGAAAGUCUUUCACUGAGUGAAGGUUCUCCUGUUGCCUUUUUAGAGAGAAUCAGGUUGCUGUGGCGAUGAAGUCAUGGUUCGUCUGGAUUUCACCUGCACUCGCACAUUCUGGCUCAAGUCCUUAAAACCCAGUGUGUAUACUUGGUUCAACUGCUUGACCUCUGAAAAUGAACACUGCUACUAAGUAAGUUGUUCUUAUGGGCUGGGUUCUAAAUUUCCUUAAAGGUAAAUGGGGUGUGGUGUUACACAACACACAAGGUCUCUUUUAGUUUGGUAGUUUUAUGCUUUAUACUUCUUAAGUCGACAUAUUUAGGUAACCAGUCUGUGCAGUAUGUAUAUGCAUUUUUUAUAUACCUAUAAUGAGAACAAGUUAGUAUAUGUGUGUACAGAAUUUUCAUAAUGAACAGCACAACAAUUAUAGUUGUUGGUAAGAUUGUAGUUUGUUAUGUACACACAGUUAUUGUAUUUUUCUCUAACUGAUCUAACUAUAAGUGCCCUCAACUAAUGCCAAAGACCCAUCCUAAAUGUCCAACUGAUUUACAACUUGUAACUAUUUUUGUAAUCAAUAAGAUUUUUUUUUUUUAUUGUGACAAACUGCAUUUGAUGAAAUGUAUGACAUUGAAUAUGUCUGUUUCAUGGGGAAUAAAAUAAAACAUGGUCUUUGUGGGCCCCACUUUUAUUAAUGAAGUCGUCAAUGUUAUGACAAAGAUCACUUUACAGUCCAGC